UUUAACUCAUUCAAGAUUCAACCCAUUUGAUUCAAUUAUUAUUGCCGAUUAAAUUAAAUUUCGUUAUCUUUGAAGAAUUUCCAAAACAUUUAAAAAAUAUAUUUCAUGAUGAAUAAACCUAAUUUCCUCCAUUUGUAUGUCAAGUUGUCAACUUCAAACUCCCAAAUCCCAGCAGCAUUUCCCCUUCUUUCUUACAGAACAUUUCGUUGAGGUAAUUCUCACUUACCCAUCUUUCAAUUAGAUUUUACAUGCUAAAAACCCAUAAAUUGUAUGAUCCCAUCUCAGAUAUUUCAUACUGGAGUUGGGUAAUUUGUUUGUUUUCAGUUUGAGCAAAUGUUGAGGGUUUUUUUACGACAGAGGACUCCAUUUUAUAUCAAUAGACUACCUUUAGCAUGUCUAAACACUACCAAAUGUUGUUGUUCUUGUACUUCAUCAUCAAAUGAUUACAUGUCUAAGAUAAUUACUACAAUAUUGGAUAGCAAAACCCCUGAUCAAGCACUUUAUUACUUCAAUUCAGUUUCCUUUUCGAUCAAUGUAGCUAAGAAUCGACGAGUUCAUGCAGCUGUUGUUCAUGUAUUAAGCAGGGCCAAAUGGUACUUGCAGGCAAGGUGUUUGUUAAAAUGCCUAAUCCAGGAUCUCCUUAAAUUUUGCCCGUUGCCUCGUGUUUGUUCCAUUGUUUUCAAGGACUUGAAUCGAGUCGAUGACGGGUCUAAAUUUGAUAUUAAUGUGUUUAGUGUGUUCAUAACCGCAUUAGCUGAAUUGGGUUUUGUUGAUCAAGCGAUUUGGGUUUUUUAUAAAAUAGAAGGAUUGCCUGCUAUUCAGGCGUGUAAUGCGCUAUUGAAUGUAUUAGUUAAGGCAGCUAGAUUUGAUUCCUUUUGGAAAAUUUAUAAUGAGAUGAUUCAAAAGAGGUUUGUUCCUAAUGUUAUUACUUACAGUAUUUUGAUUGAUGCCAGUUGCAGUGAAGGGAAUUUAGGAAAAUCGCGUGAGUUGUUUGAUGAAAUGGUAGAAAAAGGGUUCAAAACAACUGUUGUUAGCUACACGAGCUUGAUUCGUGGUUUGUGUAAUGAGGGUAGGUUGUUAGAAGGGGAGCAUUUGUUUAAGGUGAUGAAAAAAUCUGGUGUGAAUCCAAAUUUAUACACUUACAAUGUUCUGAUGAAUGGAUACUGUAAAAUAGGUGACUUUCGUCGUGUUGUGGGAUUGUAUAAGGAAAUGCUAAAUUCUAGCUUGGUGCCUAAUAUUGUUACAUUUGGAAUUUUGAUUAAUGGUUUUUGCACAGAUGGUAAAGUGGAGAUUGCUAGAAGUCUCUUUUCUUAUAUGAUAAAGAGUGGUGUUCCUCCCAAUGUAAUUGUGUACAAUAGUUUGAUGGAUGGGCUCUCCAAGGCUGGAUAUAUCUCUGAAUCCCUGGCCAUGUAUCAGGAGAUGGAAAUUUUUAGUAUUCUUCCUGAUGUUUAUACUUAUAACAUUCUUAUCAAAGGUUUAUGUGAAGUAGGGAGGAUAGCAGAAGCAAGUGAUUUACUUCCUAAGAUGAAAAAUGAAGGAGUUUUUGCGAAUUCUGUGACGUAUAAUUCUCUAAUUAGUGGGCAUUGCAUACAAGGAGACAUGGAGAAAGCUCUGUUACUUUGUUCACAAAUGAUAGAAGAAGGCAUUGAACCUAAUGCCGUCACCUUCACUACACUUAUAGAUGGAUAUUGUCUAAAAGGGGAUUUGGAUUCUGCAAAGGGUGUAUAUUCAGAAAUGUCCGUUAAAGGGAUUUCGUCCAAUGUCGUAACUUAUACAAUUUUAAUCAAAGGGCAUUUCAAAAACGGAGACACGAAAGGUGCUCUUAGGAUGUACAAAGAAAUGCAAGAGGAAGGGCUCAUACCUAAUGCUUACACAAUGAGUUCUCUUAUUAAUGGGUUGUGCAAAGAUGGGCUUGUUAAUGAUGCACUUAAUAUUUUUCUGAAAUCUACAUUUUAUGAAAGUGGUCUAGAUCAAAUUGACCCGGGAGCUAGUCCUUUCAAUCAUGUAGCCUUUACAGCUCUUAUACAAGGUCUUUGUAAUGAAGGACGAAUACUUAGAGCUAGUAAGCUAUUUUCUAGUAUGAGAUCUUAUGGUAUAAGAGCUGAUGUAGUCACGUACAUAGUCAUUAUUCAGGGUCAUUCUCGAGCUCAGAAUGUCCAAAACUUAUGCAUGCUGCACGCAGAUAUGCUCAAAUUAGGUCUUUUGCCUGACACUGCUGUAUAUCCAAUCUUACACAGGGCUUAUGUAGACGUUGGCGAUAUCAAAUCACUUUCAGCAUCUACUGGACUUAGGUGUUGUGUAGUCUAAGUGGAUGCUGCCGCAACAGUGGGAUCAUUGUCGGGUAAUACAAAGCAACAUGAAUUUUGUGAAUGAGGACUUGUAAAUUGGGAACUUGUUUCUCUCUCUGAAGAUCCUGGGUAAUUGAAGCUAACAGGGUGAAAGUCAUCCCUUGCUGAGUAUUGACAUGUUUUUGUGUCGGAUGAUUUAUCAUUUACACUGCCUAGCCCCAUGUUUUUUUUCGACUGGAUGGUACGUAUUGCUCAUGUCGAUUACAACCCAACUGUUUAUAUUGUAUUAUUGUUUAUAUUUUGUUUUUUUUCGAAAUUGGGGAUUAUGAACUACUUAUGAUUCCAUCAUCUCAUUUGAUAGGUGUGCUUGGUUUCUUUCCAUGUGCAUGGUUUGAUAGACAUUCUUGACAAAGAAACAAAGAAAUGUUGUGUUUUGGCUGACAAGUUUUGCAUCACACUUUAUUGUUGAACUAGGUAUAUCUUAAUCUGUGUUGGCAUGUGAAAUAAGCUCAAGGCUGGAGUAUUGUCCAAAACUUCUGUGCCUCAACAAAGACUAUAGAGAGUGGAAGUACUUCUAUACAAUUAAAGUUUUUUCAAUUCAUACGGUGCUAAAUCGGAGGCCUUUGUUAAGUAAUGUGUAAGGAAUCAACUAUAUGAGUAUAUUAAUAUUUUUCAGAAAGGGAAGUUUCCAGAUACAAGCAGUUACUAUUUCUUGAAUAUUCUCUGAGAAUGAUAAAAUAACGCACCCCACUUCGAGAGGAGGAUCUCUCCAAAAUGAGUAAACUCAAUAACAAACUUUUUGAUACCCAUUACAGUGCAAGCAUCCAGUAUUUAAGCAAAACAGAAAUAACAAACUGCUGACAUCACUAACAAAAAUAAUGAUAUCAUAAUAUAUUCAAAAUAUUAAUUAAUUAAUUCUUAGCUGUCCUCUUCCUUGUGUACGUGAAUACGAUCGGUGGUUUAUUGGGCUGACCCCAUUGAGUCCUUGCAUCACCUCCGCCACAAAGAGCCACCUUGUCCUCAAGGUGAAAGUCAGGAAAACGAGCAUCCAAGGAAGCAUAAUCCUCCCAAGUGGCCUCAAAUUCUGGCACUUCCGCGGUCGCAACUCCUCCGAUCGAUUCAUUACGAACUCCCAAUACCUCCUCUGGUUCAGCCACCAAGAUCAUAUCCUCAGUCAGUUGAGUAGGAAUAGUAGGGUUUACCUGAGCAGAACCUACGGCUUUCUUGAGCUGUGAGAUGUGGAAAACUGGGUGUAUCUUGGCUUCUAGAGGUAAUGCUAAUUUAUAGGCAACCUUCCCCACUCUCUCCAAUACUUCAAAGGGUCCAAAGUAACGAGCAGCCAACUUUUCAUGUAGCCUGGUAACCACCGAUUUUUGGCGGUAAGGUUGUAAUUUCAGGAACACAAGAUCCCCCACUGCGAAUUCCAUAUCCCUUCUUUUAGCAUCAGCUUGUUUUUUCAUGAUUUGCUGAGCUCGUAGUAAGUGAGCCUUCAAAUCAUCGAGUAUGGCAUCCCGUUCCUGCAACUGUUCUUCAAGAGAUGAAUUUGCAGUACUACCCUUCUCAAAACGGAUCAAUACAGGAGGAUCUCGCCCAUAUAGGGCUUUGAAAGGAGUACAUGAUAUUGAGUUGUGAUGGGAAGUGUUAUACCAGUAUUCUGCCCAGUCCAGCCAUUUACUCCAGCCUUUAGGCUUAUCUCCAACGAAGCACCUCAGAUACGUUUCAACUCCCUUAUUCACCACUUCGCUCUGACCAUCCGUUUGUGGGUGGUACGCUGUACUCCUUUUCAAGUGAGUGCCUUGAAGGCGAAAUAACCCCUUCCAAAAGUGACUCAUGAAAAUUUUAUCGCGAUCAGAUACGAUAGUAGAAGGAAAACCAUGUAAUCUGACAAUCUCAUGGAUAAAUACUGCUGCCACUCCUUGGGCCGUAAACGGAUGCUUAAGAGGAAUGAAAUGAGCAUAUUUAGAUAGACGAUCCACCACUACUAAUAUCGUAUCGUAACCAUGGGAUUUUGGCAGCUUCUCAAUAAAAUCCAUCGUUAGGUCUUCCCAAACCUGAGAUGGGAUAGGUAGAGGUUGUAGUAAUCCUGCUGGGCUGAGGGUUGAGUGUUUGUUGCGCUGGCAAAUAAUACAGGAGGAUAUAUAUUUCGAUACACAACGCCGCAUUCCCGGCCAAUACCAUUCUCUAGCCAAACGUUGAUAUGUUUUAAAAUCCCCAGAGUGACCACCAAUGACUGAGUCAUGAUAUUCUGCCAACAAUUUAGUGACUAAAUGCGAGUUACCAGGAAUAACCAACCUCCCCUUGUAUUUAAGAUUUCUAUGCUCAAUAUUAUAGCCUUUAGGUAUCGUUUCCCCUAGUUGAAUGGCAUGAACCAAUUGCUGAAUAAAUGGGUCCUUGUGCAGCUCCUUUUGAAAUUCUUCCCAUUUGAUUCCUCCAGCUGAAAUGAGGGCGUUGCAAUCAAUUUCGGGCUGUUCCUUACGUGACAACGCAUCGGCCACCUUGUUAUGAGCCCCCGGUUUAUACUGGAUUUCAAAUUCAUACCUCAUUAAUUUACUCAUCCAUCUUUGAUACUCCGAUCCCACUUCUUUCUGAGCCAUAAGAAACCUGAGACUUUGUUGAUCUGUGCGAAUAAUGAACUUCCUUCCCAGAAGAUACUGGCGCCAUUUCAUUACUGACAGGACGAUUGCCAUCAGCUCCUUCUCAUAUAUUGAUUUUUGCCGAGCUCGUUGCCCUAAGACUUUGCUGAAGAAGGCUAAGGGAUGAUCUAAU